CACAAUUAAAAAUAAAUAAAAAACUAACAGAGACAUCGAAACAAAGCCCUACUACUUGUACAACAGAUUUUCCCUCUCCAUAUAACCCCGGCCGCCGUCGCUGCUCGGACGCACCCAAUCAGACCCUAGCCGCACCACCAGACUCACCCUUCCCUCUACCACAGUCACCGUCGCCGUUUCAACUCAUUUCUCCACCGUAGUAGUUAUCGCAUACUCUCAACGGUGUCAACUCCGAAUUUUUCAGCGUCUCGUUGAAUUAUAAAACAAUUCAAUGGCUGAAGAAACACAAGUGGUUGAAUCUGGAAGAGACUCGGGAAAGAGGAAAUUUGGUAGGAACCAAGGUCGCAAAAAGUCAAAUAAGAAACCAAAAGUAAUGCAGCCACCACGGGGGCAGAAGAAAGUUAAAAUCGAUCAAAAAAUGAAGAAACUUUACCACAAGCGAGCACGAGAGUAUAAUUCUGACGAUGAAGAUGAGACAGCUGCCCCCGCUUCUGUGAGGACUAGAGGUGUGGCAUCUAUGAAGACUAGAGGUGUAGCAUCUUUCACCAGAAAAAAGCACGAGGAGGAAGACAUAGAAGGUGAAGAGCUGUCUGAAGAUGAAGGAGCAGCAGGAGGACAAAGAACGCAGAAGAAGAAUGUUACUGAUAAAAAAGUUAGUUUCUCCGAGGAUGAAGGAGAAGAUGGUGAUGAAAUUCAGCCUGGAAUUACUAAAUUUACCGAAGGUUGUAAAGCAUUCAAGAUGGCCUUCAAGAGUAUUAUAAAGAAAAGUGUUUCUGAUGACUUGUUGGGUCCAGUAUUGUCAGCACAAAAGAAUCUUGUUAUAGAAAAGCUUGCGGAAGAGGAGGCAGAGCGCAAGGUCAAGGGAGAGGCAAAAAAGGAAAAGCUGAUGAUAGCAGAAAAGGGACAUGUCAAGCCUGCUACUUAUUUGGACUCACACGAAAAGUUUCUAAUAAGUGUAGCGACCAAAGGAGUGGUCAAGUUGUUCAAUGCUGUCAACAAGGCACAAGUUGCUCAGAAAGGGCUGGAUCCCUCAAAGAAUAGGGAUGCCAAAGAGUUAAGAAAACGCACCAAAGAAGCCUUCUUUUCGGAGUUAGGGAAGCCAGCAACGGGCACCUCUAUAAAGGCCAAUGUAAGCACAAGCAACGGAGAAGAUGAACAACCUUCUUGGGCUCCAUUACGAGAUAAUUAUAUGCUGACAAGUUCAAGAAUAAAGGAUUGGGACAAAAACAUGCCAGGUAACAAUGAAUCAGAUGACAAUGAAAAGAUUUCUGAAAAUAGCAGUUCCGAUGAAGAUUAAGGUUUUGAUACUUGAGAAAGCUGCAUUGGUGUGUUUCUAGUGGAACAAUCAGUCAGAUUUUCAUUUAUUGUGUUCCAUUUCUGUUCAUUUGGUUAGCAACAAAUGGAUUAAGGCAAACUUGCUGGCUGACGGAUUGAUUUGGCUGUAUUUUGGUAUAAGCCACCAAUUUUGUUCACUGAAUCAAAUUUACUGAACAUGAUGAAUAGAGUUUCUUUAUCUUUAUUAUCCAACUGUAAUAGACUUUUAUUUUUAAUGGAAAAUGUUUCUUGGUUUA